UCAAUUAAAGAAAAUAACGCUCUCUGUUCGCCACCGGGCCCCGCUCGCCAUUGGCCAGGGUUCGCCACGUGACCGGGAAUUGGCUGCAAUUUUCGCCCCAGUCUCGAGUUUAGCAGAGAAGGUUCCCCCUCCGCCCGUAUUAUCAGCAAUAUAACAAUUAUAAAAAGCCCGAGAACCACCAUCAGCCCCGCCAUAAAAAAACCCGGGCCCUCGGUUUUCUCUCCCUCUCCCCCUCCUCCUCCUCCCUCUCCUCCCCCCCUCCCGCUUUUGAAACGCUGGGCCCUGGAAAAGCCAUGAAUUUUGAAUUUGAGAGGGAGAUCGGGUUUAUAAAUAGCCAGCCUUCGCUCGCAGAGUGCCUGACGUCUCUUCCCGCUGUCCUGGAGACAUUUCAAACUUCAUCAAUCAAGGACUCGACAUUAAUUCCUCCUCCUUUUGAGCAAGCCGUCCUCAGCCUGAAUCCUUGUUCCAGCAGCCAGGCGAGACCGAGGAGCCAAAAAAGAGCAUCUCAUGGCCUGCUCCAGCCCCAGCCCCCGGCUCCGGCACAGCCCGGCCCCUUGGCAGCGGAAUUCCCUUGGAUGAAGGAGAAGAAAUCGUCCAAGAAAGCCACCCAGGCUCCAGCCUCUUCUUCCUCUUCUUCCCCCCCGUCAUCCUCCUCGCUGCCGGUCCCUGCCGCAGGAUCCCCUGCAGACGCGCAGGGGCUCGGAGACGGCGGCGGCUCCAGGAGGCUCCGCACCGCCUACACCAACACGCAGCUGCUGGAGCUGGAGAAGGAGUUCCACUUCAACAAAUACCUCUGCAGGCCCCGGCGGGUGGAGAUCGCCGCCCUGCUCGACCUCACCGAGCGCCAAGUGAAGGUCUGGUUCCAGAACCGGCGGAUGAAGCACAAGAGGCAGACUCAGUACAAAGAACCCCCCGACGGGGACCUCGCCUACCCCGGCCUGGACGAGGGCAGCGACCCCGCCGAGGAGGCGGAGGGGAGCCCUCCCGGCUUGGGGCCGCUGCCGGAGCCCCGAGGGCCCCCGGGGAGCUCGGAGCCGGUGGCCGCGGGCGAGCCCGGCGCCUGCCCCGGGAGCCGCGAGUCGCCUUCGCUGCCCGAGCUGAGCAUCUUCUCGGCAGAGUCGUGCCUGCAGCUCGCCGAGGGGCUUUCCCCGACCCUCCACGGCUCCCUGGAGAGCCCCGUCCACUUCUCCGAGGAAGACCUGGACUUUUUUACGAGCGCACUUUGUACCAUAGAUCUGCAGCAUUUAAAUUUCCAAUAGCGGGCCUCCCUUCUCUCUCUCUCUCUCUCUCUCUCCACCCCCCCUCGUUUCUGGACGUUUCUCCCCCUUCCAGGGGCACCAACCCCAAACUGAGCCACUGCCAGACC